AUGCAAAUCCCAACCUUCUUCCUGCGCACGAACGCACGACUCUGGAUUUUCCAGGCUCUGGUCGCAUGGAUCUCCAUCCGUUGCCACUACCUACCAAUCAAUUCAACCAUCAGUUUCGCCAUCACGUCAACACUGGGCUCAUACGUCACCGAUGCAAAAGACAUUCUCGACAGCAGAUACGGCUUCAUCCUACCCCUGGAAUCAGCAUACUUCCUCCCAGCAGCUCUAGAAGCAUAUGUUGUGGGUAGUAUGCCUGAGCUUGCAAUUCUCCUCGGCACCUCGCCUUGCGACGACAGAAUCACACCAAAGGAUCCCGUGAGCAAGAUCUGUGCCCCGGAAAUCGCUUUUCAUUGUCAAUACUUUGCAGACGUAAUCGCUCACAAGUCAACGAAGGCCAGUCUGCGAGUGAUGGAAGCUUGCUGGGAGAUGCAGCACACGAGUGCCGAAAAUGCCAGGAAGCAUCAUGAUAGAGCUCAUAAGGAUGAACCACAGUUUCUCAUGCAGCUAGUUGGAUGUAUGCAGGUGAUGGAUUACUGGGAAAAGAAGAUGGAGAUCUGUGCAGAGACCAGACCUGUCAUGUAUUGUCUCGCGGAAUAUGGCGGUUCGGUGAUUGAGAAGCAAGAGACAGGCAAAAUGUCGGCCGUGGAAGGACAUGAGGAAGUGCCAGCCGGGCAUGUCGUCAAAGCAGCACCGCGGUCUUCAGACGUUCAAAAAAACGGGAGACAGGUGGCCCAGACUGAUAAGAUGUGA